AUGACUAACAUAAAAAUUCUCAAGUCUGUUGUAUCGCUUUUCUUCUUCAAAAGUCUCUUUGUUACCAAACAAUCGGAUGCAUCGAGUGGCAUAUCCAUCUACUGGGGCCAAAACGGAAACGAAGGUAGUCUCUCGGAAACGUGUGCCACCGGCAGGUAUGCUUACGUCAACGUCGCCUUUCUUGUAAAAUUCGGAAACGGCCAAACGCCGGAGCUCAACCUCGCCGGCCACUGCAACCCUGCGGCCAACACUUGCACCCAUUUUGGCUCUCAGGUCAAAGAUUGUCAGUCUCGUGGCAUCAAGGUUUGUUCAUUCACAUAUCCUUAA